AUGGAUUUGGAGGAUAGAUUAAGUACAACAGAUCCACAUGGUUUGGCAGACGAUGCAACUGCAGAAACUGAAGCUGUUUCAAACAAAAAAGAACGACCAUUACGUUUGUAUUUUGGGAAUGGUCCAAGAGUCCACAAGAAACUAUGCAUAGAGUGGGGUGUGGUUAAUAGACGCUGUGAAUAUUGUGGUAAAGUUGGACAACUAACUUGCUUUUCUCCAACCUUCCGAAAUUGGGCUUUAAGGAGAGUGACCGAUGAAGAGCUCAAUCAAACUUGCACAAUAUGCAAUGAACGCGGGCACAUCGAUCAGGAUUGUGAUCUCCCUUUUACAACUCAAAAAUCGGCUGAAAUUUCUGCUCCCAAAGAAAGGAGGCAAGUGCAUUGUGGAUUGUGUGGUAAAGUUGGACAUAACCGAAGAACAUGUUUGCAAGCUGGACGUGAUUGA